AUGUUCGUGGCGGCAGCCGAUGUGGACUUCCCCACCUGCGACGCAGACACGAUCGUCCAGCGACCCCCCUGGUUCUACCACAGCCUGCAACUCGACCGGUCUUUCUCCUUCGCCAGUGGCUCGGGCGGGACAACCAGCCAGUCCAAAUCUAGCGAGCUCGUCCCGAACCCGAGCGCGAACGCCAACCACGCGCUGGAUUUCCAAGCCCACGGUGUCACGCCGGAGUACUCUGAACUAAUGCUCAACCUGCGCAUCUUGGCAAAGACCUACCAGACGGCCAACGACUGCGGCUCCGCCCGCGAGUACCAGGACGUGUUGACCUUCCUGUGCUCCACCCUGCAGCGUCUCCUCACGUUGCCCCUGCCCGCGCACGACCCUUUGCUCGGCGUCAGCGGCAUAGGCAGCUACGAGAGCGCCAUUACCACCGCAUGCCGUCACGCCUUGAUCAUCCACGUCUUCGCCCAGUGGUGCGGUCACCAGCCGGACCCGACCCUGCUGGUGAGCACCGCGCAGCACAAUCUCCUCCUGACGCUGAGGCCGUUGAUCGACCAGCGCCACGUGUCGACCAAGCUCCUGCUGUGGCUUCUCUCCGUGGGAGGCACGUGCCCCUACGGGCCCGCCCAGCACAAGUGGUUCGUCAGCCAACUCGCCGACGUGGCGACCGAUCUGGAGAUCCAUUCGUGGGAGGACAUGAAGGCCAGUCUUCAACAGGUCAUCUGGCACGAGUACCAGGAUGACAAACAACACAAGGAGCUCUGGGAUGAGGUGGUAGCCCUGCGUGACGAAGAAGCCAUGCAUUUCUCCGAGAUGGUGUAUCCUGUGCCUAGCAUGGCAGUGUAG